AUGUCAGGGAAAGCAAUAGUAACAGUGCGCGUUGAAGUUAAUGGAGUGAAGUAUCUUAUUUCUAACACAAGUUCAACGACAUCGUUAAAUGAAUGGCUGAGAUCACAACCUGGACUCAAAGGAACGAAGGUAACAUGCCAAGAAGGUGGGUGUGGCGCGUGUGUCGUGGUGUUAACAAAACAAGAUCUGGCAACGAAGAAGGACAAAGUGAUGGCUGUCAACAGCUGUCUUCUUCCUCUCUUUGCUACGGAUGGAUGUAAGAUUACAACGACUGAAGGUUUGGGGAGCAGCCGGUCUGGUUAUCAUCCUAUUCAAGAACGUAUUGCGCAAUAUAAUGGCAGUCAGUGUGGUUUUUGCACUCCGGGAAUGGUAAUGAGUAUGUACGGCUUACUCUCGAAAAAUGCUCAACCGACUAAGCAAGAUAUUGAAGAUGGUUUUGAUGGCAACUUAUGUCGUUGUACAGGUUUCCGUCCCAUACUUGAUGCGAUGAAAUCAUUUGCAAAAGAUGAAAAUCCCAUUGAUAUUGAGGAUCUCUAUACGGUGCUGGAUGCACAUGACUCCCAAGUCAUCAGAUUCGUUGUUGGCAACACUGGAAAAGGUGUUUACAAAGACGAUAGUAAUUAUGAUGUUUUCAUUAAUAUUGCUGAUGUGCCCGAAUUGAAUACCGUACAGGUAACUGAGACAUCUUUGCAGCUUGGCGCUGCCCUCUCUCUAAACAAGAUGAUCGCAGAGCUGAGGAAUAACUCUUCCAAAUCCAAAUCAUUUGAGAUUCUUGCAUCUCAUAUCAAGAAGGUUGGGUGCUGGGCUGGAAAUCUGAUGAUGAUUCACAAGCAUCGUGAUUUUCCGUCAGAUAUGUUCAUAAUAAUGUGCGCUGUUGGAGCCACUGUUGUUAUUGGUAAAGUUGAUGGGUCGACCCAGCCCUAUUGUUUGGAAGACUUUCUAAACGUUGACAUGCGUAACAAGGUGAUACUUAGAAUCGAUAUUCCGUUUACUGCCAGUGAUGAAUUUGUAAGAACCUUCAAAAUCAUGCCGCGACACCAGAAUGCGCAUGCGUACGUCAAUGCUGGAUUCAAGGUCACGAUGGACUCAACCUAUAUUAUAAAGGGAAUUCCAAGUUUAAUGUUUGGUGGUGUGAAGCUUUCUCCGUUUCGGGCAAGUAGUACACAGCAAUAUCUUUCAGGAAAGAAUAUUCUUGACUCAGAAACAUUAAAAGGUUGUAUGAAUGCAUUGGAUAAAGAAAUUAUACCAGAAUCAACACCACUCACUGCAAGUGCUGAAUAUCGCAAGAGUUUGGCUCUUUCUUUGUUUUAUAAGUUUUAUCUUAGUCUUCUUGGUGAUAAAGCAAGUUCCAGAGUGAUUUCUGCUGCUGUUCCGUAUGUAAGACCGAUAUCUUCAGGACAACAAAGUUUUGGUACAACUCCAAGUGAAUUUCCUUUGACACAGCCCAUGACGAAAACCACUGCAAAAUUACAGGCAUCAGGCGAGGCUCAAUACACAGAUGAUAUACCCAGGCAAGAGGAUGAAAUUUAUGGAGCAUUUGUUACAACAACACAGAAAUUGCCUGGUGUAUUGAAAUAUAUUUCUGCGAAAGAUAUUCCUGGUGAGAAUGAUUUUGUUCCUGAUAUCAAGGGCAAGGAAAAAUUAUUCUGCGAGUGCGAUGUAGAAUAUGCCGGCCAGGCGGUUGGAAUGAUUAUUGCAAUGAGCCAGAGCUUGGCCGAUGAAGCUGCUGAGAAGGUGAAGAUAACGUAUUCCGACUGCAAAAAACCAAUCAUAUCAAUCCAAGACGCAAUUGAAGCCUCAUCCUUUUUCUCAGAACAAAUUGUAAAUGAAACUUUUGGCGAUGUUGAUGGAGCUAUGGCAUCAUCAACCCAUAUUGUCAGCGGAGAAAUUUCAGUUGGCACCCAGCAUCACUUUCACAUGGAAACACACACGUGUCUGUGUAUCCCAAGUGAAGAAGAGAUGAAGGUCUACGCUUCAACACAAUCUACUGAGACCACUCAGAUUUCAAUAGCUCAGGUUUUGAAUAUACCUCAGAACAGUGUCAGUGUCUCGUGUAAGCGAUGUGGUGGGGGUUUUGGCGGGAAAGGGAGUCGUGCCGCAGCCAACUCAACAGCUUGUGCUCUGGCGGCUUACAUCAUGAACAAGCCUGUGCGUUUAAGAAUGAACUUGAAAACGAACAUGGAAAUGAUCGGAAAGAGAUAUCCUUACUUGGCGAAGUACAAGAUUGGGGCUGCGAAAGAAGGAUUAUUGAAAGGCAUUGAUCUCACAUGUUACGCAGCUUGUGGAAUUGCAACAACUGAAUGCUACCUUCCCAUGUUUCCUAUUUUAAUGGAUAAUGCGUAUUAUUGUGAAAAUUGGAAAUUUCAAGGCGUUCCCUGCAAGACAAACACAGCAACCAGUAGCUAUACACGUUCACCAGGUCGAUUACCAGCGACCUUUAUUGCCGAAACAAUGAUGAAUCACUUGGCCAAAACACUGAACAUGAGCCAGGAUGAGAUACGAGAAAUCAAUUUUUACAAGAAAGGACAGACAACAUACUAUCAUCAACCUUUGCUAUACUGCAACAUGACUGAAAUAUGGCAAGAAUUGAAGAAAUCAAGUGAAGUUGACAAACGUAGAACCGCUAUUGAAUCAUUCAACAAGGAAAAUCGUUGGCGUAAGCGAGGAAUAAGUUUAGUGCCAAUGAGAUGGGGCGUGGAAUAUAAACGAGGGUUUCGAUACACCGCCUAUGUCGCAAUAUUUCGUAAAGAUGGAACAAUGGCCAUAUCACAUGGAGGAGUUGAAAUAGGACAAGGGAUAGACACAAAGGUUUGCCAAGUCGCUGCUUACACACUCGGUUUUGGUCUGACUGUUGAUAAGAUCUCAAUUAAACCAGCAACAAGUUUUCUUAAUCCAAAUGGUUCAACAACUGCGGCAAGUAUAACAAGUGAAUUAUGUUGUGAGGCGAUCAUACAAUGCUGCAAUAUGCUCAAGGAAAGAAUAUCACCUGUAGCAAAAGAUAUGCCACAAGCCACGUGGGCUGAGAUCAUUCACAAGUGUUAUGAAAAGGGUGUUGAUUUGUCUGCAAAAUACAUGAUAUUACCAAAGCCUCCUCAGCCAGCUUUUAAUUAUAACAUUUUCGCUGCGACUUGUACAGAGGCGGAGAUUGAUGUGCUCACUGGAGAGACAGAAAUACUCAGAACGGAUAUUUUGUUUGACUGUGGAAAAAGCAUGAAUCCUGAAAUUGACAUUGGACAAGUGGAAGGAGCAUUCCGCAUCAUGGGUCUUGGUUAUUGGUUGACUGAGAAAGCAAUAUAUGAUCCUUUGUCUGGUCUGGAACUUACCAAUGGAACAUGGGAUUACCACCCCUCGUCUUCGAAAGACAUUCCAAUAGAUUUCCGGGUGAGCCUUCUUAAAAAUGCUCCAAACCCGCUUGGUGUUCUUGGCUCAAAAGCUGCUGGUGAACCACCUCUGUCUAUGUCAUCUUCCUGUUUGUUCGCUGUCCAAGAUGCGAUAUAUCACGCUCGUGAGGAGACUGGGCAAGACAAAGGUUACUUUCCGCUUGAUGGUCCAGCUACAGUUGAGGCCACUCAUUUGAAGUGUUUAGUUGAUCCAACACAAUUUAUUAUUUAACGAAUGCGAAGGAAACUGAAUUGACUAAUUGAGAAACACAACCUUGCUCAUUUUUUGCUAGGCUCAUCAGCCUGUGAAAACGAAUCGAAUUUACGUCAUUUGAAGUAUGGUUUAGAACUAGGCAU